CAUCAAUAUACGAUCAGUGCAUUCAGUGCAUUCAAAGGCAAACACGAGGGCACACAUCGUACGUUGGUUCAAUACAGAGAACGCACACACACAGCAUAGCGAGAGACCGGCCGCACCAAAAAAGGCGUCUCGCCUGCAAUGAGUCAUUCAAACAUGUCUACGCAUGUUGUCACUUCAUUAGCAGACCUCCGUGCAUCCCAUGCAGGCAGGCGGCAAGGCAGAUACAAUGCAUCGCAUACCUGCCUCACUCCCCUCCCUCCUCCCCACAUCCAUCGCAUCACACUGAUCGACCACACGGUCAGUCAGUCUUCCAUCGCCGCCCCCUCCAUCUCAAACUGCCGCUCAUCGCGAGCAGACGCCAAUCUCGCACGCUCUCUGACAGACACAUCCACACACAACAAGAGAUACCAACACUCACUGUGGAUGUCGUGUGAGUGACUCGGCGGGUGGGUGUGUAGGUGGUUGUGUGUGUCUGACCUCCUCCUCUCCUCCCUGAAUUCGAAUUCGAGUCUCAUUCGUUCCUUCUCCUCCUCCUUCUUGCGCUUGUCGGCCAGCGUCCUCUUGUACUUCUUGACGUUCUUGAACUGCGCGUACUUGACCUUUCGCUGCUGAGACUCCACAGUGCCUGAGGUCACACACAAUAUACGCACACGUACACACACUUCAUUGACGGAUGGAUGAAUGGAUGUGUGGGUGUGUGCGUGCGUUUGUACCUGGCAGGAUGACGGGUCUGAGUCCCAGCGUUUCCAGCACCGUUUUGUAGAUGUCUGGCUUCGUACGGCCCAGGUACUUGAGCAUCCGUCGCCGCUUGUUGACCAGACCCACCAGGCCCCUCCUGCUCGCAAAGUCCUGCAGACACACACGAUGGAUGGCAAGCACACACACAUUCGGCGGCCAACCGAUGAGGUGAGCGCGUCUGAUUGACUGAUCGGCUGACCUUUCUGUUGAGCUUCAUGUGUUCGGUGAGGUACUUGAUGCGGGCGGUGUACGAGGCGAUUUGGAACUCGGGUGAGCCGGUGUCCCUCGUGUGCCGCCGGUAGGGCGCACGGGCCAGCUGCACCUGCUUCUGGUACACGUAUGGCUGCACACACAUACACAUACACAGACAGAGAGAGAUACAGCAGACUUCACAGAUCUACGUGUUUUUGUGAGCAUGUCCUCACCCCAGCGGGCUCCAGGUCGCUCUGCUCGACCUGCCAUGGGUCCUUCUGCCUGGUGGCGAGUUCCUUUGCCCUGGCCUUGAUGAGCUCCAUCUCCUCGCGCUUCUCCGGUGACAGCUUGGCCAUCUUCUGCCGCUCGUCGUCUGUCAUGACCUCAUCGUCGAAAGCCGUCACCCUUUUGACCGGUGCAGGCAUGUCGUCGGCCACGUCGGAGAGCCUGUCGACGCUCAUGAGGGGCGAGAGCGGCCUGGCAGGUCUGAGGCCGAGGGAUCUGGAGAGAGAGGGGGAAAGGGGCGAGGGAGGGGUCACAAAGGAAUCCGCCACGAAUGCGCUCGCGGCAAGGACGAGGGACGCCAAGAUCCUCAUUGCUGAGCCUUCCAUCGAGCGUGGG